UAUUACUGUCUAUUGCUACAUCGCAGUCGACACCGACACAAUGUCGCUUGCAGAUGAUGGUGGAUCGAGAAUCAUGCGCCUGGAAUCUCUGAACUUCCAUGAGCCUCUUAUGUCGCUGGAACUAUCGACACUUUCAUCGCUAGGACCUCUCUUUACUCUACCGAAGCUUGACGAGAAUGCCGCUGGGACAGAUAGACUGUUGUCAAAAGCUCAAGCAGUGCGGGUCACACAGGCGAAAGGGUCGAAAGAUGAAUCUAUACCUGUGGAACAAUCCAAGGGCAAGGAAAGGGCAGAUGAGCUGGAGCCGACGACAUCUAGGCUGCGAUCGACUGCCUGGACAGAUCUCUUGAAUACUACAAGCAAUCGAGUCUUCCAGCCGCUUCAGACAUGGGACGAGUUCGCGGCCCCAAGCUCCUCAAAGAAUCCGGUUCUCUCCAGGACCGCACCUAGACUAUUCGAGUCUUUGAUCACAUUGGACGCAAAGGAGACCCGACUUCCUCAUCUUCAGGCACGAGACGCUGCCGAAGAUAUAUGCCAGUCCUCCGAGCUCUUACCUUUACUGAUGCAGUCGACGCUCGGUCUCAAUACCGCAAGCCAAUUGGUAUGGGAUGAGCAGACAGCUCGGUUCCAAUUGGCUCCGAAUUUGAUAAUAGCGGAUCUCAGUCAUCCAGCGCUUCAAUUUUUGGCUAGCUCGUUCCUCGACGUUGGAACAAGCAUCAGAAGACUAGAAAUAGUCAUUGAUCGGCACGCCACAACCCCAAUGACCGCUACGCAUCAUGCUUUCCUGCACGCUCUCUCGACGUACCUCUCUCACUUGAAAAGGGCACUGUCAGCUACCGUGAACUCGGUGCCGCGUUGGCGAAACAUUGAGCUCGAUUCGAUCUCUAGGGUCACACACCUGCUUUGCGAUCUCGUUGGCUGGUCUUUGGGAUCGAGACGACCUACCUCUCUGCCGAGCAGGGCGUCGUAUUUGCUCAAUGGCAUCUAUUCGCGCCUUCUCGCCCACAUAUCAACUUCCUCCACUAUCACCGAGGAGACCUUGGCUCUGGCAUAUCUUCUGCAGGAGUGCUCGACGCCUGUCCUCUCCCUCCUUCACUCGUGGCUGGGCCUGAGUUCCUCGGAUGCUCUGCAUGAGGACGAAGAUCCCAUCUCACAGCCUUGGACAGACAUCGGCAUUACUCGAAAGCGCCUCUCGGGCGGUAGAUGGGAGUACGACCUCAAACUCCGGCAUAUGCCUGGCUUCAUCUCAGAGGAGACCGCAGAGGAGAUCUUCAACGCGGGCAAGAGUCUUCGCUUGCUGCGCGAGGCUUCGCCAGACCAUCCAUUGAGUCAUGCGUCGUACUCACUCCCCGUCAAAUGGAAGUGGGCCGAAUCCUCCUCAUCACAUCCUUCCAUCCGUGAUCGUCAGAGAGAACUCGCCGAUGAUGUUGAACAUUGGCGACAGUCAAAGCGUCAGGGGUUCUCGGCCCGGCAAAAGGAGCGAAAACCUAUGCCCCGAUUUCUUAGUCCGUCAUCCCCCGUCGCUAUAGGCCCCACGGCUGAGAACGAAUUACUUGAGGACUUGUCCGGCCCGCCAGGGAGUCAUCUGCCACAUGGUACAUUGUGGGCACCAGCGCCAAUGGAUACCCUCGAGGCUUUCCUACGUCGCUUCAAUGGACAGUCACUCCUGCCUUUCGACACCCCGACUUUGCCCAUCUAUGUCCAGUCCGUGAUUCUUACGCCUUUGCUCACUCAUGCAAAGCUGCUCUCCGCCAGUCUCGUCUCGGUGUAUUUGGAAGAUCUGAGUCUCCUGGACCAUCUGGACGUCCUCUGGGCUUUUUUCCUCGGUGGCGACAUAGGUUUCACCGAUCGAGCCAACGCAGCUCUAUUCGGGAAAGACCAUGCAGGGGCGGGAGAAGCACUAGGUCUUGGACGACGAGCCAGGACAAGGGCCCGAAUGGGUCUGACACCCGCUCGCAAAGGACAGGCUGAACCCCUCAUCGAGGAGGCCGAUUGGGGUAUAGGAUUGGGUUUAGGGCUCAGCGAGAGGAACCAGUGGCCUCCCGGUGGUGCUGAGCUGGCUUAUGCUCUUCGUACGACAUUGUUUGAAGAGACUAGACGGAAGGAAAGUCCUGUAUGGCAGAGUAUAGAGGACAGGGUAUCAUUCACAUUGAAGGAUCUUCCCGAGGAGAAGGAUGGUGAGAGGGCAAAGUGGAUGAAUCCUCAGGCCAUAGAAGCGCUUGACUUCCUGUAUCUGUCCUACUCACCGGAUAGGAGCAUCCGGCAUUUGCUCCCAACGUCCCUCAUGGCGAAAUAUCAGCGCAUACACAAUUUUCUGCUUCGUUUGGCUCGUGUCGAAACGGUCCUCCGAUCCAUGUACCACGAUGUGACCCAUCAGAUCUCUUCCGCUCUAUCCUCAAAGAGAGGCGUCGAUCUCGUAGAGAGGCCUCGGGCCAGCACGCCAGGAACCACACGAGAUCGAAAACUUGUAUUCCCCACUCUACCGCGCAAAGAGCAUUUGGUGAACUGCCUUCGAUUUAGAAUGACAGCCUUUGUCACUAAUCUAGCACGGUAUAUUCUCGACGUGGCGAUAGGCAAAAACUGGCAAGCCAUGCGACGGACCUUGGAGAGGAUCAAGAAAGGCUCAGUCGAUCUUGACGCGUCGGAAACUGAAGAGGAGCCCAUAUCACCAACGCUUCAAUCCAUACAUUCCCUAGAAACGUAUCAUCACUUGGUAUCGGAUCGUAUUCUCCGAUCGACCUUUCUCCUCAUUCAAUCACCUAGCUCGCAAAAAGCUUAUGGAAUACUGAUGCAGCUGUUUGGCCUUGUGCUGGACCUCGGCAAGCUCUUGAAAAUGGUUCAACUCGGUGCCGAUGAGGAUCGUGGAGCAGCGGAUGUCGACAAGAUCUUUGAUGUUUGGAACAUGACCGAAGCUGCUUUCAUGCACACUCUCGAGCGAUUGGCGUGGCGAAACAACCACACCUCCCUUAGCCAGAAUGAGGAGCACGGCGACUUGGCCCUGCUCACGGAACACGAGUCGAGCGAUAUCGGCCCGAACGAUCUGGCAGACCUGCUCAUCCGCUUGAGGCUCGACGCACCUUCAGCUCGGCGUGGCAAAUGGGCUGCAAUGACGGAAGAACUGUAGCGUAUACACAAGAUC